ACCAGGCUGGUUCUGUCUACACAGUCCCCUACUGCACCAAUCUACAAAACCAAGACACUUUUUCUUUCUUCUGUUCUGACACUUUCUCUCUCAUAUCAUCUCUUUUUUCCCUGACUAUAUUUCCAAGACUGGACGACAACUUCAUCAGUAUAUUCAGUAUAUACAGAGAGAGAGAGACAUAACAUUAUGUAUACAGAGAGAGAAAAAAGGCUGCAAAAAUCUUUGAGAUUUGUGUCUUUAAGUUUUGUAGAGUACUUGUGAGCCUAGCAAGUAUAGGUGAACUGGUUAAGUAAAUUCAAAGGCGGCUACAAAUUUAAGACUCAACCAAUCUUUCUUCAUUAUUGACAUGGGGGGUUGGUUUAAUUUUGAGUCUUUUUUUCUCUUGCAUAAUAGUUAUGGCAUCAUCAAGAAUUAUGGGAAUUGAAAUUUUGUUGUUUUGGCACGAGGGUCGAGGUGGUGAUGGGAGCAAAAGCAAGAUUAUGUUCUGUUAGUUCAGUUUUUUUUUUUGUGUUUUGGUUUUGUUUGUUUCUGGUUGUAUUGGAGUUUAGGAUAUGUUUCUUCACUGGAAAUAUUCUUCUAGAGUGAUAAAAAUGAUAUAGUUACUAGCUUUGUCUCUUGUGUACUGGUGAACUUCAGUUGAAGUUGGUUUCUUGAGUUAAAUAGUUUGUGUUUUAUGACUGUUGUAUUGUACUAAAGUUGAGAUUUUGGUUUACUUUUUUCUUUUCUUGAGAGUGUGUAGUGGAUAAUUUGAGGAGAAAAAAAAAAUGAAGUUCAUGAAGUUGGGAUCAAAACCGGAUACAUUUCAAGAUCAAGGAAAAGGUGUAAGGUACGUGUCGUCUGAGCUGGCAACAGAUGUUACCAUCAUUGUUGGUGAAGUAAAAUUUUAUCUUCACAAGUUUCCUCUGUUGUCCAAGAGCAACAAGCUGCAAAGGCUUGUAACAAAAGUAAAUGAAGACAAUUCUGAUGAAAUUCAGUUAGUUGAUUUUCCUGGUGGACCUAAAGCUUUUGAGAUAUGCGCCAAAUUUUGCUAUGGAAUGACCGUGACUCUCAAUCCUUACAAUGUUGUUGCUGCCCGUUGUGCGGCUGAGUACCUUGAGAUGACUGAAGAUGUUGACCGAGGAAACCUUAUUUUCAAAAUCGAAGUAUUCCUCAAUUCCAGUGUUUUCCGCAGCUGGAAAGAUUCAAUUAUUGUUUUACAGACCACCAAGUUUCUUCUACCGUGGUCCGAAGAUCUGAAGGUGGUAGGGAGAUGUAUAGAUUCUAUCGCAUCCAAAACUUCAAUGGAUCCUUCGAGUAUUACAUGGUCCUACACUUGUAACAGAAAAGUGGCACAAGUUGGGAUGAAAUUCCCUGGAAAUUCGGAAUCCGUGCCCAAGGAUUGGUGGGUUGAAGAUAUAUGUGAACUCGAGAUAGAUCUUUACAAGCGAGUUCUGAUUGCAGUUAAAUCGAAGGGAAGGAUGGAUAGUAGUGUUAUUGUGGAGGCAUUAAGAACUUAUGCAAUGAGAUGGUUGCCUGAUUCUAUUGAGGUUCUGGUAUCUGAAGCUCACAGUAGGAGGAAUAAAUCUUUGUUAGAAACUAUAAUCUGCUUGUUGCCUUCCGACAAAGGUGUUACUUGUUCGUGUAGUUUCUUGCUUAAGUUACUGAAAGUCGCUGUUCUUGUGGGAGGGGAUGAUUCAUCAAGGGAUGAUCUCGUUAGAAAAAUCAGCUUAAAGCUGGAUGAGGCUUCAGUCGAUGAUCUUUUGAUACCAGCAAGGGCGCCACAAACUACUGUUUAUGAUGUUGAACUAGUGAAGUGCCUUGUGGACAGAUUCAUGAUUCGUGAAAAAAGUAGUCGGGAUAAGAACAUUCCUGCGAAGAGCAUCAACGAUUUCAUCUUGGGGCAUGCGUCAUGGUUGAAAGUCGGUAAAUUAAUCGAUGGCUAUCUUGCAGAAAUUGCUCGUGAUCCAAACAUCAGUCUCUCUAAAUUCAUCGAGCUAUUGCAAUCAAUUCCAGACUCAGCAAGACCAAUCCAUGAUGCAUUAUAUGAGGCAAUCGAUAUCUAUCUGCAGGAGCACUCGAGCUUGACAAAAGCCGAGAGAAAACACUUAUGCGGCUUCAUGGAUGUCAGGAAAUUAACAAUGGAUGCAUCCAUGCAUGCAGCACAAAAUGAACGGCUGCCUCUCCGGACUGUUGUCCAAGUCCUAUUCUUUGAGCAAAUUAGAGCUGCUGCUGGAGUUCAAGCCUUAAAUCACAGAAAUACUGAUGCUGUAGAUUCCACUAGGAAGACUGAAGAAUAUUGGCAGAAAACAUUGCCAGAAAAGCAGAACGUAUCGAAACCAUCGAGUGAAAUAAAGGUAAAAGGAGAAGAUCCACAGAAGAACAUGAAGUUGGUAAAGAAGGGUAGUAAAAACAGAAGUAGUGGACCACAGUUGCUUCCUUCAAGAUCAAGGAGAAUAUUUGACAAGCUGUUUGCUGUUGGUAAGGUGUCUGGUAACGGCGAAAACCGGAGCUCUGAGACAUCUGGUAGUUCUCAUAGUCCAACUUCAAGGAUUAUUCAAGGAGAAGUUAAGUCCUCUGGUUCAUCUUCAAGAAAUAGGAGGCAUUCAAUUUCAUAAGAAAUUCUUGUAGAUUGUAAGGAUCACAUUUGUGUAAAAAGUGGUAAGCUUUUAGUUGUAGUAAUUAAGGUGUUCAAUCAUCAUAGUAAUACUUAAGAGCUUUGCUGCAAAACUUGUAAUUCUUGGAUGCAUUCUCCUUUGGUAUCUUUUAGUUAUUGUGCUCUUAGUUUCACCCAUCAUGUUAAUUAAAUUAAAUUUCUUGAAAAAAAACAUUUAUAAUCACUAUGUUUUUCGUGAUUAUAAAUAAAACAUUAUCUAAUUUUUUCUUAGGUUAAAUUAUCUAAGUUCCACUC